AUGUAGAAUCCGAUGUUAGAAGAUCUAAAAAACAUAAUGAAAGAAGGAUGGUUGGAAAAGGAGUCCAGAGUGUUUAAAUCAUGGAGAAGGCGAUGGUUUGUAUUAACAACUACAACCCUCUAUUCAUUUAAGGUAGAAAAGCAAUAUUCGAAUCCCACAGAAAUUAUUUAGUUGUCAACAGUCAGUACAAUCAAGAGUUGUUAAGAAGAAACGAAUAAGGAAAAUACAUUUAAAAUUGACACUCCCGAUUAAACAUUUUUCCUCUAAGCGAGCAAUAAUUAAGAUAAGGAGGGUUGGAUUGGAGCAGUUGGCAAAGCUAUGGUUAAAUUAAACUUGAAAAAAAAUAGAAAUGAUGAUGAUGAUUGA